GAAGUGUCCUGAGGGAUUUGACUGUCUGAGAAUAGGAAGGAACCCUAACUAUGGUUAUACCAGCUUUGACAGCUUUGGCUGGGCUUUCCUGGCGCUGUUCCGACUGAUGACCCAAGACUACUGGGAGAACCUCUAUCAUCAGACUCUGCGUUCAGCAGGGAAAACAUACAUGGUGUUCUUUGUGCUGGUGAUCUUCCUGGGUUCCUUCUACCUGGUCAACCUGAUCCUGGCUGUGGUGGCCAUGGCCUACGAGGAACAGAACCAGGCCACCAUCCAGGAGGCCUGGAUGAAGGAGAGAGAGUUCCAGCUGGCCAUGGAACAUGUACGCAGAGAACAGAGGAUGGCAGAAAGAAGAAUCCAGCAGGAGACAGACUCGGUCAUGUCCCCACAGCUGUCACCGUUUCAACUAAAAGCGGGCAGUAGUUUGAAACGGACGGCCAGUAGAAGAUCUCACAGGAUGCUGUCCGAGGAUCCAGAGGACGAAGCAGAWGGGAAGUUUGAGCCACUGGAUGAGCGGGUGUCCCCCCUGCCUCCCACGUCUCCCAUGCCCGUCCACCCUCUCCUUGCUGCCAUGUCGUCCCACCCUCUCAGCACGCGCCGUGGCAGCCAGGCCAGUAUCUUCUCCUUCAGACCCUGUGCCACCUCCGAUGCCGACUUCGGGGAUGACGAGUACAGUGUUCACGGGGACGUCAUGGGGAGGAGCAGGGCAGGCUCCACCGUCGGCCCCAACUGGCAACACAAGCACAAAAGGACAGGCAGCGUGAGGAGCCAUUGCUCCCAGGUCUUCACCCCCAGUCUCAACAUCAACGGACGUCUCAACAUCUCCCUGGACCAGAACGGCGUCACCACGGUCGGCCUGCACACCCCCACCUCCCUACCCGCCUGCAGCAUGGAGAAGGUCAAAGAAGAUAAAGAGCCCACCUAUAUAAACGAGUCCAGUGCCAAGCCGGCCCAGCUCUCCCCCGAGGCUGCAGAGCCUCCCCUCCGUAGGAAACGCGGUCUGAGCUCCAUUAGCUUCCUCAGCGAUGCCAUGGAUGGUGAGGGUACCUUCAGAGAGCUGGAGGAGUCUCGUCAGAAGUGCCCCCCCUGCUGGUACACUUUUGCCAAGGCGUACCUGAUCUGGGACAGGUGCCCAUGGUGGCUGAAGGUAAAGGAGUAUGUGAAGAUGAUUGUGAUGGAUCCCUUCCUAGACCUGGCAAUAACCAUCUGUAUCGUCCUCAACACCCUCUUCAUGGCUCUGGAACACUACCCCAUGACCGACGAGUUCAACAAUGUGCUCUCUGUUGGCAACCUGGACUCUGCGACUCUGCAGAUCUGGCGUUCAGCAGGGAAAACAUACAUCGGUGUUCUUUUGCUGGUGAUUCUUCCUGGGUUCCUGUCUUACCUGGUCAACCUGAUCCGGCGUGUGGCCAUGGCCUACGAGGAACAGAACCCAGGCCAGCCAUUUCCAGGAGGGCCUGGAUGA